UUCCCUGAGUCUCUGGCCAGUGGGAGGCGGCCUGGAUGACGUGCCGUGGUGCUUCCCGGGCGGCAGGCAGCGUGUGUUGGUGGACGUCACGUAGCGCUGCCCCUUGCUGCUGUAGCGUACAGUCAGCUGCAUACAUACAUACAGUACAUCUGAGCGGCGACGCUGCAUGGCACUGGCGGGGAUGCUGCAACUGGAAGCAAAUGGACCCCUCUAACAGUCAGCUGGACCCAGAUUUUUCCCAGCAGAAUACACCAUGUCUCAUAGUAGAAGACUCUCAGCCAGAAAGUUUGGGAACAGAAGAUGAUCUGGAACGAGCACGCUUUGGCCUCCUUGUGCAGCAUCUGCCGACUUUGCCAUCACAAAUAGAAAGUCCUGUCUUGGAUUUUGUGCCUGGUUGUCCUAGUAAUAAACAUUCCUUCAGCGAGAAAGGACACAUUGACAUAAGCGAAGCAUUAAAAGAAAACAAAACAGAGUCUAUGGAAGCUCAGCGCAUACCAGGUGGUGUUGGUAUUCUUAGCCAAGUGAUUGAGCAAACUCCAUGUCCAACAAACAGAAUCAGUGAUUUCAACCGUGAUGAACAUAGUGAGCUUGAAGAUCCUGCUGACUGCACUACACAAUCGCUGCAUGUUGAAGAUUCAGGGACAUCCCAGCUAGCUUUUGGGGUUUUGGAACUGUCCCAGAGCCAGGAUUUAGAAGGGCUUAGCACAAGAGAUGAAACUACAAAGGGCAUUCUACAAGAGAAUAUACAUUCUGGACCUCAGACACUUGAAUGUAAAAAAGAAGAGCUCUGUAAUAUUGGUGCUGACUCUUGUGAAAGCAGGAAUGCCAGAGAACACAGACCAGAAGAAGAGUUCCAACGACAACAGGAAGAAGCAGGACUUGGGAAAGCUGCUUACAGUGAAAGUGAAGAAAACAUUGGCACUGUAGUGAAUCCCAGCUGUGCAGAUGAUGCUCAGAAAGAGUCCAUUAGACAGCAGACUCAUCAGGAUUCCCAGGCCAAUGUGGAAUCAUGCUGUGCAAAUAUGGAAGAGGAAGAGUCAGAUCUCGUCUCCAGUCAGGAAGAUUUAUUUGAACCGCAUAAGAGCCCUGUUACACAGAAGAUUGUCUCAACCCCUGCCGAUAGCCUGCGCCUUCUGCAUUUCUCUGGUCAGGCCAGUCUCGCACCUCUGAAUGUCUCAGACGUUUCCUCAGACCUGGUUUCUCCUUCCCCAGAUGCUAUCCAACCUACCCCCAUCAUCCUGCCCAGCUCCCCCACAGAACAGAAGGAAGGAGAAGUUGAAGACAUGGAGAUUAAACCUUCAAAUAAGUCCGAGAAGACCAGAAGUCAGCAGGUGGAAGCCUCCAAAUCCAGUAACAACCCUUUUUUAGCUGUACCGCAAGUAUCAACUCCAGUGUGCCAAAGUGCUCCAGCGUUCGUGCCAGGAUCAUUUGUGGUACCUUCACAACCAGAGUUUUCACAUGAUGUUUUUAUACCAACCCCGAGCCUAGACGAUUCUCUUGCCAGAGAGCAGGGUGACCAGUCACAGUUCCCAAAGGAUGCAGAAAGUCCAAAAGCUCCAGAUCUAAAGCCUGAACUCCCUGAGUUAGAUUCAAGGCUUUCGCAUGAAGAUGCAGGAGAUGAAUGUAAUUUACUGUUAUCCACAAGUGAGGCUAGUGAACUUAUGGAAACAGACUGUGCCCACCCAGGGGAUGAUCAUAGAGCCUCUCAAAUAGAAGGAUGGCAUGCAUAUUCCAGAACUUCUCAGAGUGCGAAGGGGUAUCCUCCGUCAUUAGAUCCCUUGCAGGAGAACCGGUCUACAAUAUCUAGGCAGUCCAUGACACCAGUUCAUGAAGACUCUCCUACUAAUCCUGAAACCUCUGCAGCAAUUUGCGAGAACUUUGUUGAUGGAAAAGUCAAUGAAGAUAUUGAUUGUAGUACCUAUUCCAAUGAUUCUGGAAGUCAGGCACUCUUGGCACCAUCCUUAAAUUCAGAAGCUUCUUUAAGUAUUUUAGACCAAGAGAUAACGGAACACAAAAUAAAUCUAGCUGUGGAAAGUCUGUCUGAUGUUGAAGAAAUUCCGGAAACUCCAUGUAUUAGAGACACUGAAGAUGACCAGUUAGCAGAAGAGCCUAAAAGAGAACAGGGCAAUCUCAAUCUUGCUCUUUCCGAGACUCAGACUCCGUGUGUGGGUGUUGAAGUGGCAGAACAUUUAAAAACUGAUGAUGAAGCGAUGGAGGUAGAACUGAGCACAGUUUCUCAAGUUAAUUUAGUAAAGCCUUUUACUGAGCAAAUGGAAGAGCAGCAAGCAUGUACUCCAGAAAACAAACAUGAUAAUACCAAGCGCACAGAGUCUGUGCCUUCUAUAACACUCCCAUUAGCCCAUGUUCCUGCGCAAUGUGAAACCACUGAAUGUGACAAGUCUCCAUCUGGAGCAGUUAAGGAACUGGAGGUUGAUCACUCAAAUGCUGGUCAAGGGUCUGGAGAUGAGCAAAUAGCUAAUUUUGUAUUAGUGAAACCAAAGCAGAUCUGUGAAAUAGACAAGAUGCAAACUCACAUGAAAGAGAAGUCAGACUAUAUUGUGCCUGCAACAAGUGAUUGUAAUAAUGCCGUAAAGCCUCUAUCUCCUCCGCAACAGAUUUCUCGCCACCUAGCCCUUGAUGCCAAUUUGCAAAUAGUCCCAAAGGAAAGCCAUGUGUAUUGUGUAAAAGAUGGAAGUGAAGAGAGAACUGCACACGAGAAGCUGUACCGGGCUGAACAUGUAAAACUGGUUGGCCAAGGGUUGCAGUCACAUGUACAGGAGAAGGAACCGCAACAAUGUGACCUUCAAGGUGAUUCGGGUGAUAUCCAUUCUGUGGCGCCAUUAGCCAAGCAAUAUCCAGUGCCUCUUGAAAAGAAAGAAUGUACUACCUUAAAAGCAAAUCUAAACCCAUCUCGAAAUAUAUCUGUAUCUGUGACAGAACAUAGAUCACAGGACACGAAAAAUGGUGAUGGUGAUCUGCAAGGAGUUGAAGCCUUGUGUACAUCGAGUACCGUACAAGCAAAUGAACAGUCUAGCCUUUCUGUAGUAGAAGAUACUGAAAAUAUGUCAGAUGAUGAUAGUCGGCAGCAGCCCCUAUUUCCCAAAGAUGUUCCUGACUCUGGACAAAGGAGAGAUCGAGAUCUUCCUUCACCAGCACUGAAUUUAUCCAAAAGUGAACUAGAACAUCCAAAUGAGGCUUCACAGACCUCAAGAAAAGUUCCUGAUGAUAUGAAGGAGGUAAAUCCUCCGCGCAAAGAGAUCGCCUCUUAUAGCAAUGAUCAUCCAAGAGCUUUAGAUAGAAAAUCUGAAACAUCUCCUCCUCAAAAUGAAAAGCCACAGAUUCCUGCGCUGUUUAAAUGUACAACGGAUACAUCCAUUGGUGCUUGCGAGGAUGAGGCACAUAAAGUAGAGUCAGAAUUGCAGGAGAAAACCACAGAACAGUCCACACACAACCUCUGUGAAAGCUCCAGUGAAACACCAUUCCAUUUUACUCUGCCAAAGGAAGGAGAUCUAAUUCGACCAAUGUCCACUGUUACACCACCCAUGAUCGGCCAGCUGAAACGAGGGCCACGAAGACACAGUACACCAAUUGAAAUUGGAGGCUGCCCAGACAGCACCCUGGCAACUAGUGAUGUCUCCGCUGAAAGCCCUAUGGCAACCAAUGAUGUCACAGUGGAGAGUGCUAUGGUAACAACAGAUGUGUCUGAGGAAAGUGAGAGGGGAAAUUCUGGCUCCGCUUCUGAUGCUGAUGGGAAAUUGUGUUUGAGAAUGAAACUUAUUACACCUGUAAAUGAGGAGAGUGAAGGAGAUCCACAAUUUAACUUGGAAAAACCUGGUGUUGGUGAGAGGGCGAAUGGAACCUCUGCCGUUGGUGUUGCCAGUACAGAGAACCCUUCUUCUGUGUUUGCACGUGUAUGUGAGGUCCGUCGUGAAGAAGAGCUCAAAGCCCACAAUUUAUCCACUACUCCGGACAGGGGAAACCCAUUCCAAUUCUCCAGCAAACAAAAGGCUGCAACAUCAGUGGCUUCACAAAAUGUAAAAGAAUUAUGUGAGCAGGACAUGGACCAUCAGUCCACUCCAGAGGAAUCUGUAGAGGACUUGUCUUGUGAUCAAGAGGAAGAGGCCAUGGAAACUGAACAUAUUCCGGAGGAAAACCAGCAUUCUGUUCCAAAGGAAGCUGAGAGGGACAGUCAGAAGAACAUGUCUCCUCCAGCCCCUACCCAACAGCUAAAAAAUGAGGAAUGUUCAUUAAUGGGAUAUAAAAACAAAGAAGUCCAAACUGUGAAUGUAUUGGAGCCUAAAGUGUUAGUGGUGUCAUCCUCAACCCAGACGGAUACUGUGUCUAGACCACCACUAAAGACAGUUAGUGGAGGUUCUGUCCUAGAUCACAAAAAAGAAAUCAAGGCGAGUGAUCAGGACCAAGAAAAAUCUGAAGGCACACAGAAACACAGACAGGGAGAUGACACUGAAUCUGUGCACAGUCAGGAAGAGGAUGAUUUUGAGCUACCUUGUCCUCCUCCUGGACGCGGUCUUCACCGGCAUGUACGCACUAUUCGUGAAGUGCGUACCGUGGUCACACGUGUAAUCACAGAUGUCUAUUACAUGGAUGGUGCAGAGGUGAAGCGCAAAGUGGUGGAGGAAACUGAGGAGCCAAUUAUAGAGUGUCAUGAAUAUGAAAGCGAAGUGUCACCUUCCAGAACAGUUGUUUCUUCUCUGACCUCUGGAGAUCUUGCCGAUAUUAGUUCCUUUUCUUCAAAAGCUUUAAGCCUUCAGCGCACAUCUAGCGGCGCAAGCAGCGGCCUUUCAGCUGGGCAGAGUACAAGUGGUAGUAGCUCUGAUCGAGGGAGGUCAGCUGCACUCAAAGGGAAAGCUGGUCAGCUGGAGUCUGGAGAGUUUGCGAUGCCAAGUGGACGUGGAAAUGUAGGAAAACUAAGUCCCAGGAAAGUGGCCAGCCAGCUAGGAUCAUCACACCGACCAGGAAGACAAACAGGGGUGCAAGUGAGUGAAGAUGAUGCAGAUUCAUCGCUGGGAAACCGACCAGGGGCCAAAGCGCCCCUUACACCCCGUGGAAGAGGGAGGAGGGGACGUCCUCCCUUUCGAGGAAGUGGAUCAAGGGAAAUCAGCUCAGCAAGCCAUGCACAUGGUGACGAUUCUACAGCUGCUGCCAUUCCAGAUGAAGAACCAUUUACACGCAUCAACAUUUGUCAUCCAGAAGCCCGUGAUAAAGCAAGCCCAGGAACUCCUCCUUCAAUGAUUCGCAGUAACUCCCCUGAAAUCCCUGAUCAAACGCCAUCCAAAAAUGAAACCCUGGAAUCUUCUAGUGGCAGUAGUUUUGUGGGGCUCAGGGUUGUGGCCAAAUGGUCCUCCAAUGGAUAUUUUUAUUCCGGCACAAUUACUCGAGAUAUUGGUGGAGGCAAAUACAAGCUGCUGUUUGAUGAUGGCUAUGAAUGUGAUGUUCUAGGAAAAGACAUUUUAUUAUGCGAUCCUAUUCCUUUGGACACAGAGGUGACAGCCCUCUCUGAAGACGAAUAUUUCAGCGCAGGAGUUGUAAAAGCACACAAACGAGAUUCUGAAGAACUAUAUUACUGUAUUGAAAAGGAAGGACAAAAAAAGUGGUACAAAAGAAUGGCUGUUAUACUGUCCCUAGAACAAGGAAAUAAGCUAAGGGAACAAUUUGGUCUUGGUCCAUAUGAGCCUUCAACACCAUUAACGAAGGGAUCGGACAUAAGUCUCGAUAAUCUAGUAGAAGGAAAGCGGAAACGGAGAAGUAACGUAAGUGUGACAACGACACCUACUACCACAAGUACAUCCAGUGCAAGCACCCCAACUAGGAAAGUAUCUGAGCACCCUCGCAGCUCAUUAGGUCCACUUUCUGGCAAGAGGAAACUGAUCAGCUCAGAUGAUGAGAAAUCUCCAGCAAAACGUGGCCGCAAAUCUGUCUUGGUGAAGUCUGUGGUGUGCCUUGUUAUUAGCUGUUCUCCAAACUGUAAUACAUACUACAACCACAGGGUGGCCAGUGAACCACUUGUAAUCUGCAAAUUCUCUCAGGAUUACAAAUUCUGGCAAUGUAUGAGUUCUCUCAAAAGAUCACUAUUUGUUAGUGUUUCAAAAGGAGGGGAUUUUGUGAGCCCCAAUGAAAGUGGAGAUACUGAAGUUGACCAGACAGCAUUAGUGGAUACACAUGGACCUUUGCCCCAUAAUAAAUUGUUGUUUGUGGGCUAUGCAUUCCUCCUUACAACGGCCACGUCCAGUGACAAGCUCAACAAUUGUCUGAAAUCUCAGAACAUUCUCAGCAGUGAAGAGGAGGAAGAAUACAUUGAGAGCUCUCCCUAUGACCGGAGGUACACUGAGUCACAGCUCCGUGCCGGAGGUGGUUGCAUCUUGGACACUUUUAAUGAAGCACUGUGUAAAGUAUCUGCUCAAUGUCUGCUGAUUGCUGACCAGCAUUGCCGAACCCGAAAGUAUUUCCUGUGCCUUGCCAGUGGGAUCCCCUGUGUGUCUCACGUCUGGGUCCAUGACAGCUGUCACGCUAAUGAGCUGCUAAACUUUAGAAAUUAUCUCCUCCCUGCCGGAUACAGCCUUCAAGAGGAAAGAAUCUUGGAAUGGCACGACUCUCAGCAUCCUUUCCAAGGUUUGCGCUUUCUUGUGGUAUCUGACCAAGUAGAGAACUUUUUGGAAAUGUGGACAGAGGUAUUAAUGACCGGAGGGGCAGCAUCUGCAAAGCAGCACAACUCCAAGGAUCUCAACAAAGAUGUUGCUUUGGCUGUUUUUGAUGUAGUAAUCACAGAUCGUUCAUGUCCAGAAUCCAUUUUAAAAUGUGCCCAAUCCCUGGACCUUCCAGUUGUUUCACAAGAGUGGGUCAUUCAGUGUCUCAUCAACGGAGAGAAAGUUGGUUACAACAAACACCCAAAAUACAAACAUGAUUACAUUUCAGGUUGAGAAGACAGUGCUGAUGUCAUUGCCCUUUUAUCAGCGCUCCCUAUUUUUGCUGCUCCUUGCAUUGUGCAUACCGUGUUUUACUGAAGUUUUAGAUAGUUUUAAAUGUUUGUGUUUCCUUUACCGUUGCAUGUGUUCACUUGUACAUAGUUUUAACUGCUGGACUUUUAUGAUAAAAAUAAAUGUUGAAUCUACUUGUCUUAUUUUGUCCAUCUUCAGUUCCAUUUUUAUGUAUACUUAAAAUGUGAAACAUGACUUAUUAAAGUCUCAUUUACAAAA